CAUAUAUUCGGGCAUGCGCCGAUUCCGCGUCGCGAUCAUGGGCUCGGGCGGGGUGGGGAAGAGCGCGAUCGUGCUGCGGUUCAUGAACGGCGAAUUUUUGGACAUGUACGACCCGACGAUCGAGGACAGCUACCGCAAGCAGUUUGAUGUCGACGGCCAGCCGUGCGUGCUCGACAUCCUCGAUACGGCGGGGACGGACCAGUAUUUGACGUUCAACGACCUGUUUAUCCGCGACAGCCACGGGUUAGUGCUCGUCUUCUCGCUUACGCAGCGCGAUACGCUCGAGGACUUGUAUCGCGUAAGGCAGGAUAUUGAGCGCCUCAAGGCGAGCGAGGGGCAGCAUGUGCCGAUGGUCAUUGUCGGGAACAAAACCGACCUUGAGCUCUAUCACGACGUACGCGGCGUUGAGGGGAUGAAGCUUGCCGCCGACGCCGGGUGCGAGUACAUCGAGACAAGCGCGCGGCACAACACCAACAUUGAUGAUGUCUUCGCCGCCGUUGUGCGCCAGAUCCGCAUCCAUCCCCUCCUCGAGCGCCGGCCGUAUCGGCAUCGACGGCGGCCGAAGUGUGUCAUACUGUAGCGGCCAACGUACGCUUGUACUGUACUAUAAAAUGCAUAUGCUGUCU